AUGCACACCCAAUUCUUCCGCUUGGUGACCCAGAUCAACAAUGGUGACACAAAACUCGACGAAGGGGCCAAUCUGCUCUCUGGCUUCAUGACCGAUGAUGAGCAUCUUGCUCUGCUACAGGGCGAGCGCUCCCUUACACAAUACCUUUCAGACAACAAGGCUUCACCACAUCCGGCUUCGGUGAUACCAAGGGUCGGUGUGCCCGGUUUCCAUAUCGUCGACGGCGCGAAACAAUCCUUCUUUACAGAAUUCCCCAGUCCGUUGGGUCGGGCGGCGUCGUUCAAUACUCAACUGGAAGAACUUAUUGUCAGUGUAUCAUCCAUGUUCAAAUGGUGUCCAGUUCUAACACUUCCCGCANNGGGAGAAGCCAUCGGCUUGGAAGUACGAGCCCAUGGUGGUAACGUCUACAGUGGAAUAUGCCUGAAUGUGACACGUCGGUCAGACUGGGGACGGGCACACGAGUCUUACGGAGAAGAUCCAUUUGUUAUCAGCCGCAUGGGCAAUGCAGCAGCAAAGGGCGUACGAAAACAUGCCAUGGUAGCCAUCCGACACUUUGCACUAAACUCUAUGGAAAUCCUUCGAGAAGACGGCAGGAUUACUUGCGACGAAAAGACCAUGAACGAGUUUUUCCUGCAGCACUUCAAAGAUGUUCUCUGCGAGAGUGGAGCAGAGAUUGUGGUGUCUGCUGGAAACCGAGUUAAUGGCGUAGCAUGCACGGAGAAUCCUGCCUUGUUGAACGGCACCUUGAGGGAACGCUGGCAAUUAAACGAUCUGAUUGUGGCUAGCGACUGUACGUGGCUAGUCAAGGGUGGACCGGCGUCAAUCAAAGCAGGCUUGGACAUCGAAAUGCCAUUCAAACCAGGUGGAAGAACAGCAGCCGUCGAGAAUGCUCUUGAGCACCAUACCCUGGAUUGGUCGGAUAUAGAAGCCAUGACUGAUCGGGUCUUGAAAGCCCAGCUGCGUUAUCACUGCCGCACAAUCCAGAUGCCAUUGCCGGACCCGGAGAAGAUAAGAUGUCAGCGUCACAUUGGUCUUGCUAGACGCUCAGUCGCCGAGUCCAUGGUGCUUCUCAAGAACCAUAACGGCUUUCUACCAUUGGAACAAACCUCUCAGAUCAAGAUGACAGUCUUGGGAGAGCUGGCGGAUAGGGUCAGCUCUGUAUACCAAUUCGAUACAGCAUCUCAUGCUGCAGGUCCUCCUGGUACCAGCCCUCUUGAAGAGCUCCGGAAGCGCCAUAAUCUAGUCGUGGACUAUAUGGCGGGCAAUGAGACUGGCAAAGCAACAAAGUCUGCUGUGGCUGCCGACUGUGUCCUGAUAUUUAUACGCCCCUCGAUUAAAUCCGAAUGCGAACAGAAGCGCGGCCGCUUCCUUGACCGCUUCAGACCUCGCAAGCACAGUGGCGAUAGUAAAGUGUCACGUUUCCGGGACCGCAGUCAUCUCACGCUUCAUGCCAAGGACAUCGAGUUAGCCAAAGUAGUCCUCUCGGUCGCUGGCCAGAAAGCGGUGGUAGUGAUCGAGGCAGGCACAAAUGUCACUAUUCCUGUGUGCAUCCGACAGAAAGCCAGUGCCAUACUGUUCUCCAGCUAUGGUUGCCGACAGUAUGGCAAGGGCCUGCGAGACGUCUUAUUUGGCGAGCAAGAGCCUUCUGGUAGAUUGCCUUUUGUGCUUCCAGAUACUGAACAACAACUACUGGAGAAGGAAAGAAACUUAUCUUCGCACGAAAUCAGAUACGACGACAAGUGGGGAUAUCGAAAAUUACGACACGAACAACAGAAACCUGCUUAUCCUUUCGGAUUCGGCCUCGGUUAUUCCACUUUCUCGCUCAACUCACUCUGGUGCUCGCAUCCAAUCACCAAAUCCACCUUUGACGUGACAGUCAACACGAAGAAUACCGGCAACCGUGCUUCGGCAGUGGUGGUUCAAAUCUAUGCUUCGAGCAGUUCACGGCGGGAUAGUGCAACGAGUACGGGAAUCGCUUCCAGGAGUCUUGUUGGCUUCGCAAAAGAAGUCAUCCUGCCUGGUGAGAGCAACGAGAUUUGCAUUACUUGUCGACUGAGUCCUCUGGCCGAGUUCCAGACAAGUACCAACAAAAUGCUCAUUGCUGAAGGCCGGUACGAUCUAUUCGUAUGCCAGUACGACGGAGACACGAAAGGCUUGACCUCUUCAGUCCAAAUUCUGAAUGACGUACAAUGCUGA